GCCCGGUACGGUUCUGUUCUGUUACCCCGUCAGAGGGUCCGCUUUCGUGAUGGGAGCUCACUGCCGCGGUAAUAUCGGUGGGAGCCAUCGGUAGCCGAUUCCCAACACCGAUAUACCAUUCUCAGUGUUAUCCGUGUGGUACUAGCUUGUCUUUCCGGGGGUGCGAGCGGGCGUGCGUAAAGAGAGGGGUGUAAAGAGCAGGGCGGGAGUGCGUGAGUGCAGGGGAGGACAGGGCAGUGACACACAGACAAAAAUACUCCAAGGCCAAUUUGAUUGGGGAUACGAUGUCGAAGACUUGAUUAGAAAACGAAAUUAGUCAGUGUAAGGAAGUUGAGGGAAAAAUUAGCUGGUAGAAAAUUGCAGCUCGAUGGUAUUAUCGUUGUUGCCCGCGACUAGGGUAGUUCCGAGACGUCAUCGCCCUUCUUUCAGCAAAAACAAACACGCCUGCAUCGCAUGCAGAAGAUUGGAUUCGUUUACGCUUUUCGCACGUUAGAGGUGCAAUAUCGGUUUGCAAUUGAUAGUAGUCAAUCAUGUAAUAGAGAGUAAAAUUUAUGCAAGGGAAAUGUAAUAAAUGAAAGAAGAUAGUCUUUUAGAAAUCUGAUUAUUUAUCUCGAGGCUCGGAAAAAAAAAAAAGAAAUCUGUUUUUGCUUCUCGUCCUUUUCCUCGAAGGGGAAGUAAAUUUUUAGAAUUUCCAUCCCCCGGAAACGAGCCGCGAGGUUAAGAUAACCGAAGCCGCGGGAAGAUCGCCCCGAGUCAGUCCGAAUGAAGAACGAGAUUUUUCCACGCGGAGUUUUAUUCCCGAAGAGACGGCAAGUAACUUGCUGAAAGAAAGUUACCGCGUCAAGUUCCGCAUACAACUUUUGACGUACAACUCUGACAAUAUGUCUGGGAACUACUCGGUGCGCUGCGAACCGGGCCUAGUGAUACCGCUCUGGCGUCCGGAGAACAACUUGCAUCUAAUCGACAUCAUCUUCCGGGGCCUGGUGUACUUUUUUUUGCUGUUAUAUCUGUUCAUCGGCGUGUCGAUCAUUAGCGACCGUUUUAUGGCUGCCAUCGAGGUGAUCACGUCCAAGGAGAAAGAAUUGGUGGUGCGUCGUCAUGGGAGGGAGCCGCAGAUCAUCGUGGUGCGAGUGUGGAAUGAAACGGUAGCCAAUCUGACUUUAAUGGCGCUCGGCAGUAGUGCUCCUGAGAUCUUGCUGUCCAUUAUUGAGAUUUGGGCGAAGAACUUUCAAGCGGGUGAGCUGGGCCCGGGCACGAUCGUUGGCUCCGCCGCUUACAAUCUCUUUGUUAUCAUUUCCUUAUGCGUCUUUGUGAUUCCGAAUGGUGAGACCCGGAAGAUAAAACAUCUGCGCGUUUUCUUCGUCACCGCCACUUGGAGCAUCUUCGCCUACGUAUGGCUCUACGUUAUCCUGGCGGUUUCCAGUCCCGGUGUACUGGAGAUCUGGGAAGGCAUCUUGACUUUCGCCUUCUUCCCAGCCACAGUAUUGACGGCUUACGUUGCUGAUCGACGAUUGUUGAUUUACAAGUAUCUGCACAAAGGUUACCGAAUGAACAAGCGAGGUGUAAUCGUGCAGGCGGAGGCUGGAGAUUCCGAGAUGGGGGUGGAGCUGGAUAUCAAGCCUCAGCAAGAUGGUUUUCAUGGCAUGGUAGACCGCUUAGCCGACGGCGAUUCCCCCGAAGCGAGAGAGUUCGAACAAACUCGGCGAGAUUACAUCAAUACGUUAAAGGAAUUGCGUAAAAAGUACCCUACUUUGGCUUUGGAACAAUUGGAAGUCAUGGCUCAUGAGGAAGUGUUGGGAAAAGGUCCUAAGAGCAGGGCCUUUUAUAGGGUGCAGGCUACGAGGAAGAUGGUAGGCGCGGGCAACCUCAGCAGGAAGAUCAGCGAAAGAGCGCAGAGCGACCUUAGCGAGGUCAAGGCCGAGUUGCAGAAAGCUGAAGCGGAGAGUAUCGAUAUCGAACAUGUCAACGCCAUGAGAGUAUUUUUCGAACCUGGUCAUUAUACUGUGAUGGAGAACGUUGGGACUUUUGAAGUGGGCGUUUCCAGGGCUGGAGGUGAUCUCAGCAGACCCUGCACUGUAGAUUACUGCACCGAAGAUGGCUCCGCUGAAGCGGGAUCUGAUUAUGUGAGUGCUAAGGGCACUCUAACUUUUGAGCCUGGCGAGACCAUGAAGACUAUCAAGCUUUCAGUUAUCGAUGACGAAUUGUUCGAGGAGGAUGAACAUUUUUAUGUGAGGCUUAGUAAUGUAUCACAACCAGCAAUGCUUGUCUCGCCGAGCUUGGCAACGGUAAUGAUUCUGGAUGACGAUCACAGCGGCAUUUUUGGGUUUCCCGAGAGAGAUGUAGAACUAGUGGAGAGCGUGGGUCAGCAUCCUCUACGGGUAGUGCGCUAUAGUGGGGCCCGAGGUCGCGUUAUUAUCCCUUAUCGUACUAUGGAGGGCACUGCGAAGCCUAGCAAGCAAUACGUGCAUACCGAAGGCAGCUUGACGUUUGAAGAUAAUCAGACAGAAAAAGUUAUCAACCUGGAAAUUAUCGAAGAGGACUCCUACGAGAAGGAUGCUCUUUUCUAUGUCGAAUUGGGCGAGCCGGUGCUGCAAGGAGUUAGUCCCGCGCUGAUUGAUUUAACUAACUAUCACAGUACGGAAGCAGGAAUCGCUGCAGCGGCGGAGCUGAAGCAGCCGGAGGAGAGAACGGAAGAGGAGAAAAUGGCACUGUUGGGCAGACCGCGUCUAGGUGAAGUGUUCCGGGCACAAAUCAGGAUUAAAGAAUCCAAGGAGUUCAAGAACACUGUGGAUAAGCUUGUCCAGCGAGCAAAUGCCUCCAUAAUACUCGGCACAAGUUCUUGGAAAGAACAAUUCAUGGAAGCGCUGACCGUCAGUAGAGGUGAUGAAGACGACGCUGAGGGUGAAAACGGUCAACCUUCCUCACCAUCCGUAAUGGAUUAUCUUAUGCACUCCCUUACCAUCUUCUGGAAGGUUCUUUUUGCCUUCGUUCCACCCACAGAUAUCGCCGGUGGUUAUUUGUGCUUUAUCGUCAGCAUUCUGGGGAUUGGCGUGGUCACGGCGAUAAUCGGCGACGUUGCUUCGUAUUUCGGUUGUACUUUGGGCAUCAAGGAUUCUGUCACCGCGAUUGUUUUCGUCGCCCUCGGUACCAGCAUUCCCGACACGUUCGCGAGCAAAGUGGCCGCCUGCCAGGACAAGUAUGCCGACGCGAGUGUAGGCAAUGUGACUGGAAGUAACGCGGUAAAUGUCUUCCUGGGAAUCGGCGUCGCGUGGAGCAUCGCCGCCAUUUACCGUGCUUGCCACAGCGAACCGUUCCUUGUCGAACCUGGCAAUUUGGCCUUCUCCGUCACCUUGUUCUGUAGCGAGGCUUGCUUCGUGAUCGUGGUGCUGUUGGUGAGACGAGUCAAGUCGAUCGGCGGUGAAUUGGGCGGACCUUUUAUACCGAAACUCAUCACGUCCGUGUUCCUGUUCUCCCUUUGGCUGCUCUACCUCAUCAUGUCCACCCUUGAGGCCUACGGCGUGAUCCAGGGUUUCUAAACCAAGGCCAAUGCGACGCCACGUCGGCCUAUUCACUGCGUAUAUCUUAGCUCUGGCGUCCGCCAAGGCACGUGCUCAACGAAACUAUUAACCGGACACAGAAGCGGUCUCGGGACAAUACGAUUUCGCGAAGAACGAACUUUAAUUGUGCCGGAAACUCACAUAAGUUCAUCCUCUGAGACGAUUAACAACGAACAUGUCGCGUGACGUAUUAAAUGGAUAUGUGUAUGUAUAUGUAUGUAUAUCUGAGAACAUGGGAAUGCUUGCGAGAGAGAGAGAGA